AUGAAGUUGCUCACGGCCAUCAUUGCUCUUCUGCCAUUAUUCGGCUUGGCCGCUGGCCAGCCAAGCCGUUACAACCACCAAGGAGGAUCGCCUAAACGCCAUGACUCCCUGUUUGGGAGCAAGCGGCGCCAUAUGCCCAGCCAGGAACGGGCAGUCGUCUACGUCAACCAAGACGGUGUUGAGAUUCCCCCGCCCGUAGGUCAGCAGCCUCCAGCAAGCUCUGGCGGCCAAGCGCCUCCUGCGGCUGCUCCUCCUCCCAACGCAGCCGUCGACGCGGCCACUGCCGCCUCACCAGCAAAUGUGCAGGCUGCCGCACCGGCGACCUCGCAGAUACAGGGCGCCUCUGGAGGCGGCUGGCCGCAACCUGGCACUGGGGGCAAUGGGAUCACCUACUCUCCGUACACGAGCUCCGGUGGCUGCAAGACCCAGGACCAGGUCAGUGACGACAUUGGCGACUUUGCAGCCUCGUACGGCACGAUCCGUCUAUACGGGGUAGACUGCGACCAGGUCGAGUUCGUCUCCAAGGCGCUGGGCAAGAACUACAACAACAAGCUCCUCCUGGGCAUCUUCAACCUCAAAGACAUUGCGGGCCAGGUGCAGACCAUGGCCCAGGGACUGAAGGGGAACUGGAGCCGCGUGGACACGGUAAGCGUGGGCAACGAGCUCGUCAACAACGGCGGCGCCAGCGUGGGCCAGGUUGUCGCAGCGCUCAAGGAGGCCAAGGAGGCCCUGAAGAGCGCUGGGUACACCGGCAACGUGGUCAUUGUCGACACGUUCAAUGCCGUCAUUGCCAACCCGCAGAUCUGCGACGUCUCGAGCUACUGCGCCGUCAACAUGCACCCAUUCUUCGACCCCAACACCUCUGCCGACCAGGCCGGGGCGUUCAUGACGACACAGCUGGCGCGCAUCAAGAGCGUGCUCAAGGACAAGUCGCAGCGCAUCGUGGUCACCGAGACGGGCUGGCCGUGGAAGGGCAGCAGCAACGGCCGCGCCGUCCCGGGAGUCAGCCAGCAGGAGGCUGCCCUGACUGCCAUCAAGGGCGCUUUUGCUUCCAGCCCGACCAAUGUCUUCCUGUUCACCGCAUUCAACGACCUGUGGAAGAAGUCGGAGAAGUCGACCUUCUACGCCGAGCAGUUUUGGGGCAUGGGCCAGCGUAACUCGCGCGCGGGCUAG